AUGGCUCCUCGUGCCAAGGUCGCCUCCCUGACCAGCAUGGCUGCUGCAGUGAAGGACCAGAAGAAGUCUUCGGCCAGUGGCCUGCAAGCCAGCAUCGGCCAGGCCAAGAAGGGCUUCGCUGCCCAAGCCCAAGCAGAUUCAGACUCCAGCGACAGCGAUUCCGACAGCGAUGACAGUGGCAGCGGCAGCGAUAGCGACGCCGAGCUCGACCUCGCGGCCGAGCGCAAGAAGCUUCAAGCGAAAUCCGCGAGCAAGUCAAACCCUGCCCCGGCAGUCAAUGGCAACAAAGCUGCCGCGACGACACCGUCAAAGCCUCCACCGGCCAAGUCCGCGGCACCAGACUCCGACUCUGAAUCGGAUUCGGAGGAGGACUCAGAAUCAAGCGAAGAGUCCGAGUCCGAGACGAAGACCCGGGGAGUGCCUGCUGCCGUUGCGGCUAAGGCUACCAAGAAUGAUGAGGCUGAAAGCAGCUCGAGCUCCAGCGAAAGUGAGGAAGAGUCUGAGAGUGAUAGCGAGGAGGAGGAUGAGCAAGCCGAGGGCGCAAAGAUCACGACAAAACCAGCUCAGGCUGCUGUUGCGGCCAAGAAAGUGGCUCCUGCUACUACUAAGGCCAGCGCACCUGCGCACGAGUCUAGUGAGGAAGAGUCUGGCUCUGAGGCUGACUCUGAAUCCGACGAGGAGAAUGACGCCGAAGCGGGUGCAGCAGUGACUAAAUCCAACGGUGUCGCUGGAGCCACAGUCUCUCGCCCCAACUGGCUCGAAUCCAGCAAUUUCACGAUCCGGAAAGCUAACUCCAACGACCCGGGCAAGGAGGUCGCGGACUUCCUCAGCUCUGCCCAGCUGGAGGGCAAGCAGGUCUGGUACUUCACAGCACCCGCGUCGUUGCCAAUCACUGUCCUGCAAGAGCUAGAGAUAGAUCUCGCGGACGCCCAGUCCGGUCGCGCGAUCCUGCAGCACGGUGGCGAUGCCUAUGGCAUUGAUCUCGAAUCUCAAGCUGUCAAUUCUCAAGUUCAGCUGUUCAUCCCGACCAAGGCCGGCAAUCAAUACCACGGCAUCAAACGCCCGAUUGACUCCGCUGUCCACAUCCGGCGUCAGGUUAAGUUCGGACCCGAUGGUGGUGACAGUUCCACUGCCACGGAUAGCUACGCUAUCAAGCCCAGAACCGUUCGGCAGCAACCCGAAGGUCUGCGGCCACGUUUCACGCCUAUCGGAGUUCCCAGAUUGCCCGCGGCGUCGGCUCCGUCUGUAUCACAGAAUGCGGCCACAUCGAGCUCCGACGAAGAGUCAGGGAGCGACUCGGACGAGGAGAUGGCAGAUGCACCCGCAGCAGCCGCCGCGGCCAAGCCUACUGCUACGCUGAAGCGCAAGACGGCCGCAGCCACGGUCUCAUCGGAUACUGCUGCGAAGAGGCAGAAGUCUAGUGCCUCGGCCUCGACGCCAGUUCCGAGCUCGCAGGUCUCGCUAGGUGCCGGCAAGAACGAGACACCAAUUCCGCCACCCAGCGUGGGUGGUGCUUCUGUUGCCGCCAGCACGCCCUCGAAAACCAAGAAGGCGAAGAAGCCCAAGGCAGCUGUGUCAAAAGCACCGAGCACCGCCAAGACUCAGACACCAGUACCUGCCCCGGCUGUUCCGUUCAAGAAGUCAUAG